UACAACUCUUCAUGUCAUCCACCAUCUUCUAUAAGUUUUUUCACCAGAAAAGCCAGUCCACGAUCCACUUCGACGGGACAGGGAUCAAUGUGUUUGAUCUCAAACAUGAGAUCAUCAAGCAAAACCAGUUGGGCGAGGGGAAUGACUUUGAUUUGAAGCUAUUCCACCUGGAGCAGCCAGAUAUCGAGUAUGACCAGGAUCAAGAUGUGAUACCCAGGUCAUCGUUUGUAUACGCCAGAAGGGCACCUGCAAACCCACGUGCCGGAAAAUUCGGUAACGCUUCUCGUUAUGUGAGCGGCAGACCACGUAUUAACCGUAAAGCCAUCAAUGCUUCCAAUUCCCAAGCAGCAGCCAACUCCAACGCUACAAUUCAACAACCAAUUGACGACAAUAUCUCGGAAGAAGACCGAAUCAAGUUGAUGUUUGAAAACCAAUCAAGUGCAUGGGCCCAAACCCAGGACGAAUUGGCCCAACACAAAGUCAUAUACAGCAAGCCCACGGCUGCUGCUGCUGCUAAUCCAGAAGACGCUCCUCCACCAGGAUACGUGUGUUACCGAUGUGGGGGCAGAGACCACUGGAUCAAGAACUGUCCGACAAACACGGACCCCAACUAUGAGGGAAAGAAGUUGCGGAAAACAACGGGUAUCCCCAGGUCGUAUUUGAAGACUGUUUCCAAGGAUGCCAUUGAUGACACUUCCCAAUUUACAACCGAUGACAAUGGAGAAAUGGUAGACAACCAAGGUAACCGUUAUAUGAUAACUGAUACUGGUGAGUAUGUGAUAGCCAUGGCCGAUACGAAGACGUGGUUGAGUUACCAGGAAAAACAACAGAAUGCUGUCAUGAAAGCCAAAAAGGAGUUUGACGAUAAGAUCAUAGAGCAUAUAGAGAAGGAUGGUAAGACUGAAUUCUUGGAUCCUUUGGCACUCUCCGGCAAAAAAAUACUUACCCCUCCCAUUGUUAUGACCCCCUGCUGCCGAGAUAAAGCCAAGCUACAGAAAAUGACGAACUUCAAUUACAAUAAAAACGACCUCGAACAGCUUUUGAUCGAUAAUGAUUUCCACUGUCCCAACUGCGACACAGAAGAUGUAUUUAUCGAUGUUUUGAAGCCAAACGAAGAGUUGGAGCAAGAAUUGAAGGCUUAUAUAGAAGCUAAAACAGCUGAAUUGGGUAUUGAGGAUCCAUCUGCUGCUAUGGACAAUGCUUUAAAGAGAAGUAAUGAAACUGAAGGAGAUGAGGAUGCUCAAAAACGACAGAAUUUGGGGUUCCAGCCAGGGCAGAUGAUGCCUCCAUUUAGCAUGCCAUUUAUGCCUGGAAUGCCUCCUUUCCCUAUGAUGAUGCCACAAAUGAUGAUGCCCCCUCCACCUGCCACGUCCAGCUCUCCUAAAAAGUAAAAUCACUUUAUAUGUGUAUAGGGCCUAUGGUUACCCGGCGCCAACACCACCUUAAAUGAAACAUUUUCGCGUGGAAAA